AUGCGUGCUCGAUGUAGUGUGGAGAUUGUCAGGAGGAAUGUGAUCCGUGUAAAGGGAUUUGGAAGACAUUUCAUAGGAUCAGAUAACCAUGAAGUGGAAGCCAUUGAAAUGUCUGGAACAGUGAAGUUACCAAAGAAAGCAGAGAUGUCAAACCUGGUGUCUGGGCAGUGCAAUGUGGUAGACAGUGUAUGUUAUGCUAUAGCACAGUACCCCUUAUCUGCUAUAGACACAUGUAUGCCAUGUUACAGCACAGUACCUCUUAUCUACUAUAGACACAUGUAUGUCAUAUUACAGCACAGUACCCCUUAUCUGCUAAAGACACAUGAUGUUUGUCAGUGCACACGGUGGCAUCGAUUGGCACUGAAACUCAGUUGUGCUGGACUGAUUCUUCUUGUCUUGAUUCUGACUGGACUUGUGGGAUUCUUAGUGAGAAAAGCAGCAAUAGAAAAAUGUGGUGUGCCUGCUCAAGCGAUCAAGGCUGAACCAACAGGGAGAUCAGCCAUUCCACCAUGCCUGAAAGAUUGGCAGCAAUACGGGAAUAAAUGUUUAUUUAUUUCUCAAACUUCCAGACCUUGGUCUGAAGGUCUAGCUGACUGCUCUGUGAGAGGAGCCACUUUGCUGCUCAUUGAAGAUCAAGAAGAAUUGAGAUACUUCCAGAAUUUCUCAAAGAGAGAAGGACAUCAGUUUUUUAUUGGACUAAAAUAUUUAAAAGUGGAGCAGAUGUGGAAGUGGACAAAUGGUUCUGCUUUAAAUCCUGAUCAAUUACAGGUCACUGGCAAGGACAAAGACAACAGCUGUGCAGUCAUCUCACAGACAGAAGUGUUUUCUGACACCUGCUCUGCAGACAACCGUUGGGUCUGCCAAAAGAAACUGGAACAUGUCUGAAAUCCCAUGUCCUGACUCCUGAUUGUGAAUGCCAUUCCUAUUCCUUUACCUUCUACACCAGAUCUCUGCAUUCAACUGUCAAUGCUGCCAGCUCUCCCAGUGCAGUUGGUGGUACAAAGCAUGGACUACAGAACCAAUGUGACUUAUACAAAUGCUGAUUUUCAGUUUCUUUAUUUUGUGAAUGCAAAUGCACACAGACACA